AUGAGCAAUGCCGUCCCUCAAAUGUUCAAACUUCCCUUGAUUGACAGUGAUCAGAAUACUUGCGCCUUCUGUGGUACUCAUGUGGCGGUUGAACUCUCAGUGAGUGGCAAACAUGCUGGCCAAUACUACAUCAAGUGUCUCUCAAAGGAAAUCCACACCAACGGAAAGGCAUUCUGGUUCUUCUUCCCACCAGGCGUGAAACCAUCCAAGCAGACUGCCGUAAUGUCAUCAGGGCUUUCCAAGACGGUAUCCAACAGAACAAACCUGGUGACUGACAACAAUUGA